AUGUCUAUCCGAAUAGCGCUGGACAACCAGCCCGAAUUCUACACGAACCUCGAUUUCAUUCAAGGCCGAGUUAUCCUCGGCAUCAAUCGCAACGAACAGAUCGGCAGCAUUGUUGUCAAGCUUGAAGGAGAGUCAGGGACUGCCUUGCAAGCCCCUCAUGCAUUUGAUCCCCAAAACAUGGGCAGAAUUCAAGCUGGCCCUCAACGACCUCCCGGCAGCAUAGCAACAGAGAACCACAAAAUCUUGUACAAGCUACAACAAGUCUUUCCAGACGACUAUUAUGCUAGCUCCUCGAACCCAUAUGGCGCGUAUCCGCUCCAGGCCGGCGAGCACGAGUUCCCAUUCAAGUUCAAACUCCCCAUCAACAAUGCAUGCAGCGACCCAAUGGCCAUGUCUAAAAUCGGCGGCAUGGCCAACGUCGGAGGGUUUGGGGGUGGAGGUAUGUUUGGUAUCGGUGGUGUGAGAGUCAUGGACGGUAGCAAGCAACUCUACCUUCGUCAUGUCACUCGCACGUUACCCCCCUCGUUGACAGGUUAUCCUGGAGAGGCAGAGAUCCGCUACUAUAUCAAAGUUACAAUACAACGGCCAGGACUGCUCAAGGAAAACUGGAGGUAUCAAAUAGGAUUGAAGUUCUUGCCUAUUGAGCCUCCCAGGCCAAAACCGACGACUCAGGAAGCUUUUGCCCGUCGUCCUUUUACGUUCCGACCACAGUCCCCUCAGCCAGAGAAGAAACGCUCUUCCCUCUUCAACUUUGGUAGCAGCUCUGAAUCCAAAUCUGCUUCUAAUACAGAUCCUUCUGCGGACAUUGCUCCGGCGCCUGCAAUCGAGGUAUCGGCUCGCCUACCUCACCCCAGCAUCUUGACUUGCAAUAAGCCAAUUCCCCUGCGUCUAAUCGCCAAGAAGCUCAACAACAAUCCAGAACAAGUAUACUUGGUCUCGUUCCAGAUGGAGCUCAUUGGGCGAACUGAUGUCCGCGCACUUGAGCUUCACAACCAAAAGAUCAACCGAUGGGUCGUUGUUUCUAACCCCACCAUCAAUAUCCCGUUGACCACGGGUCCCGAUGACGAGGUUGGAAAGGAGUUGGUGAUUCCAGAUCAUGUGUGGAAGAGCAUACCUCUACCAAACACCGUGGCCCCUUCUUUCGCCACAUGUAAUCUUUCGAGAAAAUAUGAACUUGAAAUCAAGCUGGGACUGGCGUGGGGUCAGCCCAAGAAGGGGCUGACCACCAAAAGCCCGCCAGUCAUUAUCCUGCCUCUGCACUUUGCUCAAGUGGAGGUUUACUCCGGUAUCACUCCUCCAGCUGAACUUGUUGAGACAGCAAGGUCAACACGGCCUGGGCGCGCAACCUUUACAAACAGCACUCCUCCUCGUCUGCCACCCAGGCAGAAUUCCGUCCAUGUAUCACCUCCACAACAGCAACGACCUUCUCAAGCGUUCAACCAAGUUCCCGCUCAGCCACCUCACGAUCCUCUUUACCCACCGCAAUUAUCCCCAGGACAGGACGCACCUCCGUACGACGAUGCUCCGCCCAGUUACGACGAGGCUGUUGCCGAGAACUUGGCUGGUCCCUUUGAUGGGAUGCAAUCCCGACCAGCUUACAGUGGUGUUACCAACGAGAACGCACCUAGCCAGUUGCCUCCUGAGAAGAGCUAA